GGCUACAAGAUCAAGAUUUUGUUGAUUUCUCAUCUAUGUGAAGCAAAACUCUUACCAUUAUGUUUAGCACUAAAAGAUGGGAACUGAGGCUCAGAGAUAGUGACUCAACAAAGGCCACCCAACUAAAGAAAAAAUCUCAGUCUAUUGAAAUUUCUGCAUCAGGUUAUGAACCUCUGCCAUCAGCAGCACAACAUGCCCUGCAACCAACUAAGCCUACAGCUCUUAACAACACAACAACAUCUGAAGAGGAGCAGAAUAACACUGCAAAUUCCCAGCGGCGCAAUCCACGGAAGGGUGAACUGAAGAGAUAUUACACAAUUGAUACCGGCCAGAAGAAGACUAUAGACAAGAAAGAUGGGAGACGCAUGUCUUUUCAAAAGCCAAAAGGGACUAUAGAGUAUAUCGUGGAGUCAAGAGAUUCUUUGAAUACUGUGGCCUUGAAGUUUGAUACUACGCCUAAUGAAUUGGUGCAGUUAAACAAGCUAUUUUCCAGAGCAGUUGUCCCUGGACAGGUUUUAUAUGUUCCUGAUCCAGAGUAUCUUUCCAGUGUGGAGAGUUCCCCCUCACUUAGCCCUGAAAGUCCUUUGUCACCUACAUCUUCAGAAGCCGAGGCUGAGAAGACAGCUGAUUCAGAUGGGGCACAAAAGAAAGAAACAACAGCCAUACCAGCAUAUCCAUGUGUUCGGUCUACAAGGGUUGUGUCAUCCACGUCAGAAGAGGAGGAAGCUUUCACAGAAAAAUUUCUCAAGAUCAAUUGUAAAUACAUUACUAGUAAUAAGGGAACUGUCACCGGUGUGCUCCUAGUGACGCCAAACAAUAUAAUGUUUGAUCCACAUAAAACAGAUCCAUUGGUUCAACAAAACGGCUGUGAAGAGUAUGGCAUCAUGUGUCCAAUGGAAGAAGUGAUGUCAGCUGCUAUGUAUAAAGCUGCAGAUGGCAAAAUACAGGAUUCGUUACCCAUUGAUGUAGGUCAGUUAUCUGUAAAAGAUCUCUGCCACUUCAAGAAAAUUACCAGAAGUAAUACUGAUGAAAUGGAAUUAAGAAUGAGAGAUACAGGAAAUGAUAGUGCCAGUACUGCUCCAAGGAGUACAGAAGAAUCUCUGUCAGAAGAUGUUUUCACUGAGUCAGAACUGUCUCCUAUACGGGAAGAGCUUUUGGAUGAUCUUCGACAAGACAAAUCUUCUGGAGCUUCAUCUGAAUCUGUCCAGACAGUAAACCACACUGGCGGAGAAUAUGUAAAGGAUAUUUCAGACUCUGUUAAUAAUAUUGGGGAUGUAAACUCCAGUGGAGAACAGCCUUUGAAUGAUGGCAGUACUUCUGCUAAUGAUACUGUGGACUCGAAAGCAGCAGAAAAAGCAAUAAAAGAUAUUCAGAAUAUUGUAGAAGGAUCUAUUUCUGAUGCUGAAGCACAACAUGGAACAUGUCAGGAACUUGUAGAAGGAAAUGUACCAGAGGAUGAGCAGCAUUUGGAUUCUGAAAAAACUGAUUCUCAAAAAGAGGCCACAAAUGAAGGGGAAACUGUGAAACUGCCAACUCAAGAUUCUCAGACAGAUACAGAGAUGCUGCGGAAGCUUUGGAAGACCCAUACUAUGCAACAAACCAAACAGCAACGAGAUACCAUCCACCAGGAAGUACAUAAUGAAAUGAAACACAAAAUGGCCAUAGUAGAUGGAACUAUAGAAGGUCCUCUAAUAAAAGAGAAGAGAAGACAUCGAUUAUACAAAUUCUUGUGUCUCAAAGUGGGCAAGCCAAUGCGAAAAACGUUUGUAUCACAGGCAAGUGCAUUGAUGCAGCAAUAUGCACAAAGAGAUAAGAAGCAUGAAUAUUGGUUUGCUGUGCCAUCAGAAAGGACUGAACAUCUGUAUGCAUUUUUUGUUCAGUGGAGUCCAGAAAUAUAUGCAGAAGAAACGGGAGAAUCAAAUAGAGAGCCAGGAUUUAUCGUAGUAAAAAAAAUUGAAACUCAGGCGGGUGAGGAUUCAGUUAAUGAAACAGCUGUUAAGGAGUGGGAGGUAGUAUCAGUGGCUGAGUAUCACCGCAGAAUCGAUGCUCUAAAUAGUGAAGAACUACGUACGCUCUGCCGACGUCUCAAGAUUACAACAAGAGAAGAUACAUAUUCAAAGCAGGAAACAACUAUCAAAACCGAACUGGAGCCUGAAGCAUUUCGGCCAAAUCUUAGUGAUCCCAGUGAACUGUUACAGUCGGAUCAAAUUGAAAAGCUGACAAAGCAGCUCCCUCCUCGAACUAUUGGCUAUCCAUGGACUCUUGUCUACAGUACUGCAAAGCAUGGCAUGAGCUUGAAGACUUUGUACAGAACUAUGGUAGGCUUAGACACACCAGUGCUGCUGGUUAUCAAAGACAGCGAUGGACAGAUUUUUGGAGCUCUCGCUUCUGAACCUUUUAAAGUGAGUGAUGGGUUUUAUGGCACGGGAGAAACCUUUCUUUUUACAUUCUGCCCAGAAUUUGAGGUCUUCAAGUGGACUGGAGACAAUAUGUUUUUUCUCAAAGGAGAUAUGGAUGCCUUGGCUUUUGGUGGUGGAGGGGGUGAAUUUGCUUUAUGGCUUGAUGGAGAUCUCUAUCACGGAAGAAGUCACUCUUGUAAAACCUUUGGGAAUCGCACACUUUCUAAGAAAGAAGACUUCAUUAUACAAGACAUUGAAAUUUGGGGCUUUGAAUAAGUAUAAACUGUUAAAUACUACAAAAGUUUGUCCCAAACCUGAUACUGAUCAAUGCAGCUCAGAAAGCCCUUAAAGCAAUAUAAUGUAGCUUGUUUUGCAAUGCCUUUCUACAUUUUCUGCAUGACCAUCAACAUGUCUUUCACAUCAGCAUAUUGGAGUGCAACUGACUGUUCAGAUUUUAUUUUCAUUUUUGAAAGUUACAAAGCUUUCAAAUCGUAAUUGAUUAUUUCUUUAUGAGAGCCAGAUUUUUAUCAUCAUGUCAUUCACAUAUCCAUUUAUUUCUCAUUCUCACAAUUCAGAAAUUUCCUUUACUUCUGUUUAACUAUUUCACUUAAGCAACAUUUAAGCAACAUAAAAUCUAAUUGAAUUAUACUGUAUGCACUUGGCCUAAGUAAUAUGGAGAAGAGAUGUUCAUAAUUAACCAACAGUGAUCAGUCUUGGCUGUUUAUUUCAAUCAAAUAUCACCACAUCUUUAGUCAUAUGUCAUGAAUUGGAAUCUGUUGUAUUUUACUGUUGAAACAUAGCUGCCCUAUUGAUUGUAUUGAAGCGUUUUGCACAUGCCAUUAAAUGAUCUGCAGGCUUGGGACAAAUGCUGGGCAAGGAUUUAGCUACGUGAUCAAGAUAUAUAAUACAGCAAUGAGCAACUGGAAAAGUAAGCAUAAUGCAGUGAGUAAUUCAUAGUACAUAUAAUACCUUCUUAUUGCUAAAGCUAUGAAACAGAUGCGUUUUUUCCAAACAGCAUAUAAUAUGCAUCAAAUAUAUGCGUGUGUGUGUGUCUGUGUGUAUAUCUACAUAUGCACACACAUACAAAACACACCACUCUGUUUUAUAGUUCUUCUGUUGUAGCCUUGUAGCACAUCAUCUCCAAGAAUUGCUCCUGUCCAAAACAGAAAACAAAAUAGGUGUGGUGUUUUUCUCUUCUUUUGAGUGGAUCUGUGUUGUAAAACUGCAGUUUGCACCAGCUCUGAUGCAAUGGAAUAACGUACUCUAGAUAGACAUCAUAACUCAGUAGAUGUGUUAAUAUGCAAAAUUUACUGUUCUGUGACCUCAAAGAAAAAAGAAAAAAAAAGAAAAAAAAGAAAAAUUAUAGUAAAUCAGUAGCUCUUGUCCACUUUUGUAGAAAAACUAAAAAGCCAUUGUGGCAAUAACAACAGUUGUUUCAAAGCUUAUAUUCUAUGUUUAUGCAAAAGAAAAAUAAUUUAAAAA